GGCCCCGCUCCUCUCGCAGUCACGGUACCGGCGGUGCCGGGCCCCAGUGUUCCGGUACCGGCUGUGCCGGGCUCCACUGUCCCGGUACCGGCUGUGCCGCACCGGCUGCCCCGCGGAGCCGGGGGGGCUUAGGAGGGGCUGCACCGGGUCCUCAGCGCGUCCCCCGGUAGGGCCUGUGCCUCCCGACGCCGGCCCGCAGCCCCGGGAGAGGCGGGCACCUUCCUGCCGCCUGUCUCGGGGCGGUGCUGCGGCCCUUCCGCCCCUCACUUGCUGCUUUCACCACCUGCUGCGGCCUUGCCCCGCUCCCCCGGCCCCGCUGCCCGCCCCGCGCCCCUGACCCCGCUCCCCCGGGGGUUCUCCCGUUCCCGGUGGCUCCCGCGAUGCCGUCCAACAAAUCCGUCUCGGACGCGCCCAUCGUCCAAUUCACCAACUGCCGCAUCCUGAGGAGCCAUCAGCUCCAGAGGGAGGACCUGUGGGUGCGAGAGGGGAAGAUCCUCAACCCGGAGAAACUCUUCUUCGACGAGAAGGGCUCUGCUGACAUCCAGCUGGACUGCAAGGACAGCAUCAUUGCCCCGGGCUUCAUUGAUGUCCAGAUCAAUGGAGGCUUUGGGGUGGACUUCUCCCUGGCUACAGAUGACUUCAAAUCAGGGAUUGACCUGGUCAGUCAGAAAAUCCUCUCCCAUGGAGUGACUUCCUUCUGUCCCACCCUAGUGACGUCUCCUCCAUCUCUGUACCACCAGGUUCUCCCUCAGAUCAGUAUAAGAAAUGGUGGAGCCCAUGGAGCAGGUAUCCUGGGGGCUCACCUGGAAGGACCAUUCAUCAGCAAGGAGAAGAAAGGAGCACACCCAGAGCACUGCCUCCGCACUUUUGAGGAAGGUGCCUUCCAGGACCUGCUUGCCACUUACGGGUCCCUGGACCAUGUCAGAAUCGUCACCCUGGCCCCAGAGAUGAAGAGGAGCAGUGAGGUGAUCCAGGAACUCACCAAGAGGGGCAUCUGUGUCUCCCUGGGUCACUCGGUGGCUAAUCUCUCCCAGGCUGAGGAAGCUGUGCAGCACGGGGCCACGUUCAUCACUCACCUCUUCAACGCGAUGUUGCCGUUCCACCAUCGUGACCCUGGAAUCGUGGGGCUGCUGACAAGUGACAAGAUUCCUGCUGGGCGGAGAGUCUUCUAUGGCAUGAUCUCUGAUGGCAUCCACACCAACCCUGCUGCCCUGAGAAUCGCCCACCGAGCCCACCCCAAAGGUCUGGUGCUGGUGACAGAUGCAAUCGCUGGCUUGGGGCUGGCGCCGGGUCGGCACACACUGGGUCAGCAGGUGGUGGAGAUUGAUGGGCUGAACACCUACAUUGCAGGCACAAAGACUCUGAGUGGUAGCGUGGCGACUAUGGACACAUGUGUGAGACAUUUCCAAGAAGCCACAGGGUGCUCAGUAGAGGCUGCGUUGGAGGCUGCAUCUCUGCAUCCUGCCCAGCUCCUGGGGAUUGAACACAAAAAGGGAACACUGAAUUAUGACACUGAUGCAGAUUUCCUGAUGCUGAAUGAUGCUCUGUAUGUGCAAGCCACGUACAUCGCAGGCGAGCAAGUCUGGAGACAGGAUGCCUGGGGCAUGUGACACUGGGCUGCCUCUGCCCUCUGAGGCUCUCUGGCACUCUGGUUAGCAGCUUUGGUAACCACUCCACUCUUUUUUUUUUUAAUUUUUUUUUUUUUACAAUUCCUUCUCACAACUCCCUUAAAGGAGCCUCAUACCAAAGAGCUGCAUUUUCCAGCACAAGCACUGCUUCCAGUUACAGCCAUGCCUGCAACAAAUUUGUUGGUGCUCAGUUAUUGGAGUGGGGAAAGCAGGCAGAUCUGUGUUUUGGGGUGGGGGGUGUUUUGUCUCCCCCAGAGUGACCUGCACAGCUGUCCUGUAUGGAGUCCCCAGGCAGAGGUGCUCCUGUCACCCUCUCUCAGCAGUGUGAAGCUGUCGCAGCCUUUGCACUGUUUUACAGAGCACAGACUCACCUGCCCUGUGCCCAGGCAGGCUCAAGCCAUUUCCAUUCCUCUGCCUGCUGUUUGCCUUGCUCCCAGGCAGCCGUGGCUGCUUAGACAUCAGCUUCCAGCAGCUCAGCUUGCAGCUCUUCAUGUUGAAAGGUUCCUGUUGUGUCAGCAGAAGCUGAGGAUCAUGUUCUCAUCCUCUGGCAGUCCCUCUGCCGGGUGUCCUCUGAGUAAAGGCUGCCACAGCUCUCCCACUCGGUGCCAGUGUGGGGCUGUGCAUCCAUGUGGGCUGAAUCCUCAGGGCAGAGAUCAAUCCCAGGAAACAUGAGGCAUUUCUGGUCCUUUGUGCCUUUUCCCUGCAUGGGCAUUGAGUCCACAGCGCGUGGUUUUUGGGUGGAGAGAUGGACAGCAUCCUGCCACAGAAAGUGAUGUUCCUCUUAACCCUUUGCUCUGGCUGGCUGGGAUCUGCAGGCUCAGUGCCCAGCCACACCUCCUGGAGCCUUUGCACCACCAGAUGGGUUUCUGCAUUCCUCAGGCCACAGAUGGGAAGCUUUCAGUUUUGGGAGUGCAUCCACACUGAUGGUGACAGACUCACAAGCCCUCGGUCCCACUUAGGGUCUGAGGGAGAAGAGAACUGCAAUGGGGCCCUGGCCUUUCAAGACAGUUGCUGAUAGCUCAUUAUUCCUCUGCUCAUUUAUUAUCGUCUCCAGUACUUGACUGUCAGCUCCUUUCCUGACACUUGAACACGUCUGUGUAAAGACUGAUGCUGAUUUCAACCCUACCACAGUCAGAAAAGCUUUGCCAUAAGUCUGAGACAACCUCUGACAAGCCUCAAACCAAUUAGAUGGUUUAUGUAAUGAGGGGAGGGCUUAGACAAGGGUUAACUUUUAGCGAGGGUGGGGCUUGUAAGGCAAGACUAAAGUCUGGUCAGGAUUGGCAGAAGAUUCUUCCAGUACCUUUUUAUAACCCUUAACAGCAAUGUUUGGAAGUGCUUUCCUAGCACUUAAGAUCUCUGCUGGAACAACUGGCAGCCUCAAAGAGUUUCUAACAUCAACUGCCAAUGUCAGCAGAAACUAAAACCUCUGUGGUUUGAAGCAUUUGAAAGAGACAUCAAAUACUGUGCUGUGAAACGGGACAUGCUACAACAGCAUUACAGAUCUCAGUGGGGACACUUGUUGAGUGCUGUGAAAAAAUCCAAGGGAAAAAAUGCAUACGAAACAAGGUGUCUUCACUUCUUUUUUAUUU